AUGAAGGGGACCUGGCUGGUGCUCCUGGUAUUGGCCACCUUCGGGAAGCUCGCCACAGCCCUGCGUUGCUACACCUGUCAGGAACCCUCAGGCGUUUCCAGCUGUGUUGCCAUUACCACCUGUAACGCCAAUGAGACCAUGUGCAAGACCACGCUCUACUCCCUGGAGAUUGUAUACCCCUUCCUGGGAGACUCCACAGUGACUAAGUCCUGCGCCAGCAAGUGUGAGCCCUCGGACGUGGACGGCAUCGGCCAGACCCGGCCGGUGUCCUGCUGCAACGCUGAGCUAUGCAACGUGGAUGGGGCACCUGCCCUGAAGAGCCCCCACUGCCUUGCCUGGACCCUCACACUUAUCCCCCUCUUAAGCCUCUGA